AUGGUAGGACAACAAUAUUCAAGUGCCCCACUGCGUACAGUAAAAGAAGUCCAAUUUGGUCUUUUCUCGCCCGAAGAAGUUAGAGCAAUUAGUGUAGCCAAAAUCAGAUUUCCAGAGACAAUGGAUGAAACUCAAACGAGAGCUAAAAUUGGUGGUUUAAAUGACCCUAGAUUAGGUUCUAUUGAUCGUAACUUGAAAUGUCAAACCUGUCAGGAGGGUAUGAACGAGUGUCCUGGCCAUUUUGGUCAUAUAGAUUUAGCAAAACCUGUAUUUCAUGUUGGUUUUAUUGCAAAAAUUAAGAAAGUUUGUGAAUGUGUCUGUAUGCACUGUGGUAAGCUACUACUCGAUGAGCAUAACGAACUAAUGAGACAAGCCUUGGCAAUAAAGGAUAGUAAAAAAAGGUUUGCUGCAAUCUGGACUUUAUGUAAAACGAAAAUGGUUUGCGAAACAGAUGUUCCUUCAGAAGAUGAUCCUACUCAACUUGUAUCAAGAGGUGGUUGUGGUAAUACACAACCCACAGUUCGUAAGGAUGGGUUAAAAUUAGUUGGUAGUUGGAAAAAGGAUAGAGCCUCAGGGGAUGCAGAGGAGCCGGAGUUGAGAGUUUUAAGCACGGAAGAAAUUUUGAAUAUUUUCAAGCACAUCUCGGUAAAAGACUUUACUAGUUUAGGUUUUAACGAAGUCUUUUCUCGUCCGGAAUGGAUGAUUUUAACAUGUCUUCCUGUUCCACCACCACCAGUCCGUCCAUCUAUUUCUUUCAAUGAAUCGCAAAGAGGUGAAGAUGAUUUAACCUUUAAACUUGCCGAUAUUUUAAAAGCUAACAUUAGUUUGGAAACACUAGAGCAUAAUGGUGCUCCUCAUCAUGCAAUUGAGGAAGCAGAAAGUUUAUUACAGUUCCAUGUUGCCACAUAUAUGGAUAAUGAUAUUGCUGGUCAACCACAAGCUCUACAAAAGUCUGGCCGUCCCGUUAAAUCUAUUCGUGCUCGUUUGAAGGGUAAAGAAGGGCGUAUUAGAGGUAAUUUAAUGGGUAAGCGUGUGGAUUUUUCAGCAAGGACAGUUAUUUCUGGUGAUCCUAAUUUGGAAUUAGACCAGGUUGGUGUUCCAAAAUCCAUUGCCAAGACUUUGACAUAUCCAGAAGUGGUAACUCCAUAUAAUAUAGAUCGUCUAACGCAGCUUGUUCGCAAUGGGCCAAAUGAGCACCCGGGUGCCAAGUACGUCAUUCGUGAUAGCGGCGAUCGUAUAGAUUUAAGAUACAGCAAAAGGGCGGGUGAUAUUCAAUUACAAUACGGAUGGAAAGUUGAACGUCAUAUCAUGGAUAAUGAUCCAGUUUUGUUCAAUCGUCAGCCUUCGUUGCAUAAAAUGUCUAUGAUGGCUCACAGAGUCAAAGUUAUCCCAUAUUCUACAUUUAGAUUAAAUCUGUCCGUCACUUCUCCAUACAAUGCUGAUUUUGAUGGUGACGAAAUGAAUCUCCACGUUCCUCAAUCGGAGGAGACAAGGGCGGAACUAUCUCAGUUAUGUGCCGUUCCUCUACAAAUCGUUUCUCCACAGUCUAAUAAACCUUGUAUGGGUAUUGUGCAGGAUACUUUGUGUGGUAUUCGUAAACUAACAUUAAGAGACACAUUUAUAGAACUUGAUCAAGUUUUGAAUAUGUUAUAUUGGGUUCCUGAUUGGGAUGGUGUUAUUCCAACACCUGCGAUUAUCAAGCCCAAACCUUUAUGGUCAGGUAAACAAAUCUUAUCUGUGGCCAUCCCAAAUGGUAUUCAUUUACAACGUUUCGAUGAAGGCACAACUUUACUUUCUCCAAAAGAUAACGGUAUGCUUAUCAUUGAUGGGCAAAUUAUUUUCGGUGUAGUUGAGAAGAAAACUGUUGGUUCUUCCAAUGGUGGUUUGAUUCAUGUUGUUACCAGAGAAAAGGGUCCUCAAGUUUGUGCUAAACUAUUCGGUAAUAUACAAAAGGUUGUUAACUUUUGGUUGCUACAUAAUGGUUUUUCAACUGGUAUUGGUGAUACCAUCGCUGAUGGGCCAACAAUGAGGGAAAUUACGGAAACAAUUGCAGAGGCUAAAAAGAAGGUGUUGGAUGUUACAAAAGAAGCGCAAGCAAAUUUAUUGACUGCUAAACAUGGUAUGACUCUUCGUGAAUCUUUUGAAGAUAACGUUGUUCGGUUCUUAAAUGAAGCAAGAGAUAAAGCAGGUCGUUUAGCUGAGGUCAAUUUGAAAGAUUUGAACAAUGUGAAACAAAUGGUUAUGGCAGGUUCCAAGGGUUCAUUUAUUAAUAUCGCGCAAAUGUCAGCUUGUGUAGGGCAGCAGUCUGUUGAAGGUAAACGUAUUGCUUUUGGGUUCGUUGAUCGUACCUUACCUCAUUUCUCUAAAGAUGAUUAUUCUCCAGAGUCUAAAGGUUUUGUUGAGAAUUCAUAUUUAAGAGGGUUGACCCCACAAGAGUUUUUCUUCCACGCAAUGGGUGGUCGUGAAGGUCUUAUUGAUACUGCUGUUAAAACAGCUGAAACAGGUUAUAUCCAACGUCGUUUAGUCAAAGCUUUAGAAGACAUCAUGGUUCAUUACGAUAACACCACAAGAAACUCUUUGGGUAACGUCAUCCAAUUUAUUUAUGGUGAAGACGGUAUGGACGCUGCGCAUAUCGAGAAGCAAUCACUGGAUACAAUUGGAGGAUCUGAUGCAGCUUUUGAAAAGAGGUACAGAAUUGAUUUACUAAAUACAGAGCACAUUUUAGAUCCCUCUUUAUUGGAAUCUGGAUCUGAGAUACUCGGUGAUUUAAAACUUCAAGUACUAUUAGAUGAAGAGUACAAACAGUUAGUGAAGGAUCGUAAGUUUUUAAGAGAAGUCUUUGUUGAUGGUGAAGCAAACUGGCCAUUGCCUGUCAACAUAAGGCGUAUUAUCCAAAACGCUCAACAAACUUUCCACAUUGACCAUACAAAACCAUCUGAUCUAACAAUCAAAGAUAUUGUCUUAGGAGUAAAAGAUCUGCAAGGGAGCUUAUUAGUAUUACGUGGUAAGAACGAAAUUAUACAAAAUGCACAAAGAGAUGCAGUCACUUUGUUCUGCUGCUUGUUACGUUCUCGUUUGGCAACACGCAGAGUUUUGCAGGAGUACAGACUAACAAAGCAGGCAUUUGAUUGGGUGUUAAGUAACAUCGAAGCACAAUUCCUCCGUUCAGUUGUUCACCCUGGUGAAAUGGUUGGUGUUCUAGCAGCUCAAUCCAUUGGUGAACCAGCCACACAAAUGACACUGAAUACUUUUCAUUUUGCUGGUGUUGCUUCCAAGAAGGUUACUUCCGGUGUUCCACGUUUAAAGGAAAUUUUAAAUGUGGCCAAAAACAUGAAAACUCCUUCUUUAACUGUUUACUUAGAACCUGGCCAUGCUGCUGAUCAAGAACAGGCAAAACUGAUUAGAUCUGCUAUUGAACAUACUACUUUAAAGAGUGUCACUAUUGCCUCUGAAAUUUAUUAUGAUCCUGAUCCACGUUCUACAGUUAUUCCAGAAGAUGAAGAAAUUAUUCAACUUCAUUUCUCCUUAUUAGAUGAUGAAGCUGAACAAUCGUUUGACCAACAAUCUCCUUGGCUGUUACGUCUAGAAUUGGAUCGUGCGGCAAUGAAUGAUAAAGACUUGACAAUGGGCCAGGUUGGUGAAAGAAUCAAGCAAACAUUUAAAAACGAUUUGUUUGUUAUCUGGUCUGAAGAUAACGAUGAGAAAUUAAUCAUUCGUUGUCGUGUCGUUCGUCCAAAGUCACUAGAUGCUGAGACUGAAGCGGAAGAAGAUCAUAUGUUGAAGAAGAUUGAAAACACUAUGUUGGAAAAUAUUACUUUACGUGGUGUUGAAAAUAUUGAGCGUGUUGUUAUGAUGAAGUAUGAUCGUAAAGUACCAAGUCCAACUGGUGAAUACGUAAAGGAACCUGAAUGGGUAUUGGAAACUGACGGUGUCAACUUAUCUGAAGUUAUGACAGUUCCUGGUAUCGACGCAACCAGAAUUUACACAAACUCUUUCAUUGAUAUCAUGGAGGUUCUUGGUAUCGAAGCCGGCCGUGCAGCCUUGUAUAAAGAAGUUUACAACGUUAUUGCAUCCGAUGGUUCGUACGUCAACUACCGUCAUAUGGCUUUAUUGGUUGAUGUUAUGACCACUCAGGGUGGUUUAACAUCUGUUACUCGUCAUGGUUUCAACAGGUCAAACACCGGUGCCUUAAUGAGAUGUUCUUUCGAAGAAACCGUUGAAAUUCUGUUUGAAGCUGGUGCCUCUGCGGAAUUAGAUGAUUGUCGUGGUGUUUCAGAAAACGUUAUUCUUGGGCAAAUGGCUCCAAUCGGUACUGGAGCAUUUGAUGUAAUGAUCGAUGAAGAAUCAUUGGUGAAAUACAUGCCAGAACAAAAAAUCACUGAGAUUGAAGAUGGACAGGAUGGCGGUGCCACUCCGUACAGUAACGAAAGUGGUUUGGUUAACGCCGACCUCGAUGUCAAAGAUGAGUUGAUGUUUUCGCCUCUGGUUGAUUCGGGUUCGAAUGAUGCUAUGGCUGGAGGAUUCACAGCCUACGGUGGUGCUGAUUAUGGUGAGGCCACAUCUCCAUUUGGUGCAUACGGCGAAGCUCCCACAUCUCCUGGUUUUGGAGUGUCCUCACCAGGUUUCUCUCCAACUUCCCCAACGUACUCUCCUACGUCCCCUUCGUACUCACCAACAUCACCAUCAUAUUCACCAACAUCACCAUCAUAUUCACCAACAUCACCAUCCUACUCACCAACAUCACCAUCCUACUCACCAACAUCACCAUCAUAUUCGCCAACAUCCCCAUCAUACUCACCAACAUCACCAUCAUAUUCGCCAACAUCACCUUCUUACUCACCCACAUCGCCAAGUUAUAGCCCCACAUCUCCGUCUUACUCCCCUACGUCGCCAAGUUACAGCCCUACGUCACCAAGCUAUAGUCCAACAUCACCUGCCUACUCUCCAACAUCACCAAGUUAUAGUCCUACAUCACCUUCAUACUCUCCAACUUCACCAUCGUAUUCUCCAACUUCACCUUCAUACUCUCCGACUUCUCCUAACUAUAGCCCUACUUCACCUUCUUACUCUCCAACAUCUCCAGGCUAUAGCCCAGGAUCUCCUGCAUAUUCUCCAAAGCAAGACGAACAAAAGCAUAAUGAAAAUGAAAAUUCCAAAUGA